UCUGGUUUCUUACAAUACUUUGUAAAAUAUUACACAAUAAUGGCCAACGAGGCGGUGCUAAAAUAUUUAGUGGACACAAAUCGCCCAUAUUCGUGUGCAGACGUAACAGUUAACCUCCGCGGUGCUUUUACGAAAUCCGCUGUUCAGAAGGCAUUAGACUAUUUGAGUGAAAAUGCUAAAAUUCGUUGCAAAUUGUAUGGAAAGCAGAAAGUCUACGCAGCUAUACAGCCGGAAAAUGUUGUAGAAGAAGGUGAUACUGAAGAUUAUGAUGCUCAAUGCAAGUCAAUAACUGAAGAACUAUUAGAAAAAAGCAACACUUUAAAAACAACAGAAAUAAACUUGAAGACAAUCUUAUCUGCGCCCACAACUGACAGUGCCAAAUCCCAAAUAGAGGAACUGAAGAGGAGAAUAGAGGGUUUUGAGAAUAAGUUGAAGGUUUUGAGCACAUCCACUAAUAUUAUAAGUGCCGAGGAAAAGACGGCUAUAAUGAGCCAGCAUGAAAAAUUCUUGAAAGAGUACAGGAAACGUAAACGAAUAUCAUCAGAUAUCAUAGAGGCGGUACUUGAAGGUUAUCCCAAGUCUAAGAAGAGUUUUCUAGAAGAACUUUGUAUUGAAACGGAUGAGAUGGUUAAUUUUAAAUUGAUGAAUUAAUUGAACUUAGUGUUUAUUUUGA